AAAACAUGACUUAAUAUUUACUACUUAGCCUGGAGCGGUACUCAAGACAUUCUAGUUAAUGCUGUAUUUACUGCUUUUCAUUGUAUGCUCAAGUUGUUGACAGAUAAACUCAGAUAUUAAAGCGACCAGUGAAGCAGUAAUCAUUUUACCGUGUUCUGUAUACGGACGUUAACGACACGAGAGCGUUUGCAAGAGAUAUACCUAUUAAACACCUUUCUUCUCAGUACCUGGAUUCGAACCCAGUACCGACCAGGUUUAUAUGCAAGAUGUACAAGAGUGCCCAUUUUCCCUGCAGCAGCUGGAUUCAAACCCAGCAAGUCCGUUCAUUUAACCACCCAUCCGUCAAGGCCGGUCCAGAAUGAUACGCCGCGAUCUCGGUCGCUGUGGCCCUAUUCAACGAAAUGGGUUUGUUGCCACUCUCUGUAAAACUCAUUGAACGGCGGCGCUGAUAAUGACCUUACUGGUUUGACCCAGCUUCCUGAAUUGAAAGCGUUACACAAGGUAAGAACGUCAGUAAGAAACAACGGUCGGCCGACCUGGGCCAAUAGGUAGUAAACUGUCUACCACCACCACCGCUUAGCGCUGCUCUGGCAGUUUGUUGAACGACUGAGACAUCAUCCAUCACUUUACGUAAUCCAAACAUUCUGAAAUCCGUUUGUUGACAUCCCACCAAAAAACCCCUGUGAAUACCUUCAUACGUGAAUGCGAUAUUCGAGGUUGUUAUUGUUUUUAUGAAAUUAUACAUUUGAUCGCUUUGAAAGAAAAACAAAAACCACGCCAAGAUGGGUUACAGCUUCGAAACUGGCAUUACCAAAGUGUUAACCACGGUGGACUAUGUGAUAUUCGCUCUCAUCCUCAGCAUUUCUGCCGGGAUCGGCAUCUUCUACGCCAUCAAAGACCGGCGACGUAAGAACAUCCAGGAUUUCCUGAUGGCGGGCCGCAACAUGAGCGUGGCCCCGGUGGCCUUAUCGUUGGUGGCCAGCUUCAUGAGCGCCAUCACGUUGCUAGGCACCCCAGCCGAGAUGUACAACUACACGACGAUGUACUGGUACAUUGGGAUCUCCUACUUCUUCGUGGCUUACGGUUCCGCCCACAUCUACCUGCCAAUCUUCUACCACCUGAGGGUGACCAGUCUGUAUGAGUACCUCGAACGAAGAUUCAGCAAAGGAGUGAGAACAAUGGGAUCGGUAACUUUCUCCGUCCAAAUGUUACUCUACAUGGCCAUUGUGCUAUAUGCGCCUUCUCUGGCUCUUAAUGCAGUUACUGGUUUCUCCUUGUGGGGUUCCGUCAUCUCGGUGGGCGUGGUCUGUACACUAUACACUGCUCUGGGCGGCAUGAAGGCGGUGCUGUGGACAGACACGUUUCAGAUCGGGAUGAUGUUCACCGGGAUGAUCGCCGUGUUGAUAAAAGGCGCCAUCACAGUGGGCGGGAUCGGUAAAGCCUGGGAGAUUGCCGAGAGAAAUGAUCGUGUUUACUUCACAGAUUUCAGUCCCGACCCAGCAAUACGUCACAGUGCUUGGUCACUUGCUAUUGGUGGAUAUUUUACAUGGGUUGCAAUAUAUGGAACCAACCAAGCACAAGUACAACGAGCAUGCGCAUGUCCGACUCUGAGAAAAGCUCAAAUAGCCCUGUGGUUCAAUUUCCCUGGUCUGUGUUUUAUUCUCUACCUGAGUUGUAUGAUUGGCAUUGUCCUGUACGCCUUCUACUCCAUGUGUGAUCCUCUUGGCUUCCAUCUUAUCACAGCGUCUGAUCAGCUGCUGCCGCUGUUUGUGAUGGAUAUCCUCGGAGACGUGACUGGUCUGCCUGGGAUCUUCAUUGCUAGUAUUUUCAGUGGCGCCCUCAGCACGAUAUCAUCCGGGUUAAACUCGCUGGCGGCCGUCUUUCUGGAAGAUGUCGUGAAGGCCUACAUUGGAAAGGGGAUAAGUGAGGCACGUGCAACCAACAUCUCGAAAAUCUGUGCUCUGGUGUUUGGUGUCAUCUGUCUGGGACUGACGUAUAUCGCAUCACUUCUAGGAGGGGUUCUACAGGCCGCUCUGUCUCUGUUCGGGAUGAUCGGCGGACCACUGCUUGGACUCUUUUCUCUCGGCAUGUUUUUCCCCUGGGCCAACAAAUGGGGGGCCUACAGUGGUGUGCUGUCUGGUUUAGUGUUCAUGUUCUGGAUUGGGAUAGGGGCCCAGGUGCACAAACCGCCCGCCAACCGGCCCAGAGCGCCAAUCAACAUGACGAACUGUAACUGGAACAUAACCACCACCACCAUGGCAACGACAGUGGCUUCUUUCAACAACAGCUUUAGCACCUCUGCGACAACAACAUAUUAUGAUUACUCAAACAUGACCACCACCUUCACAACGGCAGCGCCACAGAUUGAAAGGUCGGCGGACUACACGUUGUACUGUAAUGCUCUGUAAUCUUAACGUGAUAUGAACCCGUGUCUGUGUUUCAGGUCGGCGGACUACACGUUGUACUGUGAUGCUCUAUAAUCUUAACGUGAUAUGAACCCGUGUUUGUGUUUCAGGUCGGCGGACUACACGUUGUACUGUGAUGUUCUGUAAUCUUAACGUGAUAUAAACCCGUGUCUGUGUUUCAGGUCGGCGGACUAUACGUUGUACUGUGAUGCUCUGUAAUCUUAACGUGAUAUAAACCCGUGUUUGUGUUUCAGGUCGGCGGACUACACUUUCUACUGUGAUGCUCUGUAAACUUAACGUGAUAUAAACCCGUGUUUGUGUUUUAGGUCGGCGGACUACACGUUGUACUGUGAUGUUCUGUAAUCUUAACGUGAUAUAAACCCGUGUCUGUGUUUCAGGUCGGCGGACUACACGUUGUACUGUGAUGUCCUGUAAUUUAACGUGAUAUAAACCCGUGUUUGUGUUUCAGGUCGGCGGACUACACGUUGUACUGUGAUGCUCUGUAAUCUUAACGUGAUAUAAACCCGUGUCUGUGUUUCAGGUCGGCGGACUACACGUUGUACUGUGAUGUUCUGUAAUCUUAACGUGAUAUAAACCCGUGUUUGUGUUUCAGGUCGGCGGACUACACGUUGUACUGUGAUGUCCUGUAAUCUUAACGUGUAAUUAACCCGUGUCUGUGUUUCAAGUCGGCGGACUACACGUUGUACUGUGAUGUUCUGUAAUCUUAACGUGUUAUGAACCCAGUGUUUGUGUUUCAGGUCGGCGGACUACACGUUGUACUGUGAUGUCCUGUAAUCUUAACGUGUCAUUAACCCGUGUCUGUGUUUCAAGUCGGCGGACUACACGUUGUACUGUGAUGUCCUGUAAUCUUAACGUGUUAUGAACCAGUGUUUGUGUUUCAGGUCGGCGGACUACACGUUGUACUGUGAUGCUCUGUAAUCUUAACGUGAUAUAAACCCGUGUUUGUGUUUCAGGUCGGCGGACUACACUUUCUACUGUGAUGCUCUGUAAACUUAACGUGAUAUAAACCCGUGUUUGUGUUUCAGGUCGGCGGACUACACGUUGUACUGUGAUGCACUGUAAUCUUAACGUGAUAUAAACCCGUGUCUGUGUUUCAGGUCGGCGGACUACACGUUGUACUGUGAUGUUCUGUAAUCUUAACGUGAUAUAAACCCGUGUCUGUGUUUCAGGUCGGCGGCCUACACGUUGUACUGUGAUGUCCUGUAAUCUUAACGUGAUAUAAACCCGUGUGUUUCAGGUCGGCGGACUACACGUUGUACUGUGAUGUCCUGUAAUCUUAACGUGAUAUAAACCCGUGUUUGUGUUUCAGGUCGGCGGACUACACGUUGUACUGUGAUGUCCUGUAAUCUUAACGUGAUAUAAACCCGUGUUUGUGUUUCAGGUCGGCGGACUACACGUUGUACUGUGAUGUUCUGUAAUCUUAACGUGAUAUAAACCCGUGUCUGUGUUUCAGGUCGGCGGACUACACGUUGUACUGUGAUGUUCUGUAAUCUUAACGUGAUAUAAACCCGUGUCUGUGUUUCAGGUCGGCGGACUACACGUUGUACUGUGAUGUCCUGUAAUCUUAACGUGUUAUGAACCCAUGUCUGUGUUUCAGGUCGGCGGACUACACGUUGUACUGUGAUGUUCUGUAAUCUUAACGUGAUAUAAACCCGUGUUUGUGUUUCAGGUUGGCGGACUACACGUUGUACUGUGAUGCUCUGUAAUCUUAACGUGAUAUAAACCCGUGUUUGUGUUUCAGGUCGGCGGACUACACUUUCUACUGUGAUGCUCUGUAAACUUAACGUGAUAUAAACCCGUGUUUGUGUUUCAGGUCGGCGGACUACACGUUGUACUGUGAUGCUCUGUAAUCUUAACGUGAUAUAAACCCGUGUUUGUGUUUCAAGUCGGCGGACUACACGUUGUACUGUGAUGCUCUGUAAUCUUAGCGUGAUAUAAACCCGUGUUUGUGUUUCAGGUCGGCGGACUACACGUUGUACUGUGAUGUUCUGUAAACUUAACGAUAUAUAAACCCGUGUUUGUGUUUCAGGUCGGCGGACUACACGUUGUACUGUGAUGUCCUGUAAUAUUAACGUGAUAUAAACCCGUGUUUGUGUUUCAGGUCGGCGGACUACACGUUGUACUGUGAUGUUCUGUAAUCUUAACGCGAUAUAAACCCGUGUCUG